CUAGAAACGUGCCCAUGCUAGUGUGGUGGUUUGACACAAUACCGGUAUCGCUUGUUUUAGGUGAGGGUUUGACAGAUUUCUCCUCAGUAAAAUGUCAGAGGCUCUGGUUGAGUGGUGUGCGGACCAGUUACACCAUAAAUUCGGGCUGGAAGCGUGUGAAGACAUCGUCCGAUACAUUCUGUCCAUUGAAAGAGCUGAGGAGAUUGAGGAGUAUGUGGGAGACCUUCUGCAGGGUACCGACAAAAGAAAAAGACUUUUUAUAGAUGAGCUUCUGAAACGGUGGGAGAAAACUCAUAAACAGGCCAGAGAUUCCACGGGACUCUUCCUCCUCACAGAGUCUGUUUCCUCAGCUGAUUCACAAGACACAGCCAAAGAUUUUCAGAAAAAGUCAAAACGUAAGGGUCGAAACAAACAGGAGGUGAUGACUGUGAGUCAAACCGAACCAGAACCAGAGGAGGUUAAAACCCCCAUUGAUCUGAUGAGAGCACAAGAAAACAGCAGCAUGUCUUCAACAAAGAAGAAGAAUAAGUUUGUUAAUCUCUAUGCUAAAGAAGGACAAGACAGGCUGGCUGUCUUACUUCCGGGUCGUCAUGCCUGCGAGUGCCUUGGCCAAAAGCAUAAACUUAUCAACAACUGUAUCAGUUGUGGUCGCAUUGUGUGUGAGCAAGAGGGCUCUGGACCAUGCCUGUUCUGUGGAAACCUGGUCUGCACCAAAGAGGAGCAGGAGAUUCUGCAAAGAGACUCCAACAAAAGCCAGAAGCUCAGAAAAAAGCUCAUGGGAGACUGUGGAGAAAGAGAUUAUCUCCCACACCAAGAGGCCAGGAUGAAAGCUGGAUUGGAAAAGGCUAUGCAACACAAAGAAAAAUUGCUGGAAUAUGACAGGAAUAGUGUGAAGAGAACUCAGGUUUUGGAUGAUGAGUCUGAUUACUUCGCUACUGAAUCCAAUCAGUGGUUGUCACCCAGUGAGCGAGAAAAGCUGAAGAAAAAGGAAGAGGUGCUGAGAGAGAUUCGUCAUGCAUCUCGCAAGGACAGGAAGAUCACUUUGGACUUUGCUGGUAGACAAGUAAUUGAUGAAGGAAACAACCUCAAGGAGUACUACAACAAGUUGGAUGAGACUCUGAAGGCCGUGAAUUCAGACUCAAAAUUGCUGCAGUAUUCACAAAGACAAGGUGGACAGCAGAGCCUUAGACAACUGGUUAACCCCAAAGUAAUGCUGAGUGCACCACAGUGGGUUGAUGUGGGAGGCAGUGAAAACUCCAGGAAGACCACGGAGCAGGGAAAGUGUUCAAAAGAGGACAAGGGAGGUGAAGAGCGUUCAAGGCUGCGGAUUCAAGACAAAGAGCUGCAGGAGAUGUCUGACGGCGGCUGGUGUCUGAGUAUGCACCAGCCCUGGGCCUCGCUGCUCAUCAAAGGCAUCAAGAGGGUGGAGGGCCGGUCAUGGUACACAUCCCAUAGGGGUCGCCUUUGGAUCGCAGCGGCAGCAAAGACACCUACACCUCAGGAUAUUUCUGAAGUGGAGAACAUGUACUGCCACAGCUACAAGAAAGAGCCCAGGUUUCCUAAAGACUACCCCACUGGCUGCCUGUUGGGCUGUGUGAACAUGAUCGACUGUUUGCCUCAAGAGCAGUUCAGAGAACAGUUCCCUGAUACCUGUGAGGAGUCAGCUUCCCCAUUCAUCUUCAUCUGCACCAACCCCCAAGAGCUACUGGUGAAAUUCCCCAUGAAAGGGAAGCACAAGAUCUGGAAGCUGGAGAGUCAGUACCAUCAGGCUGCCAAGAGGGGGCUGAUCCCGUCGGUGGCGGACUAACAUCAAGGACUGUGUUGAGGAAGUGGAUCAGCCCAGCUGGACCCUGAUGACCACCUCAUUAAAUGGACACAAUCUUGACCUGCAUCCACCAAAUAGUUUAAUAGGAGUUAAAACUGGAACCGUAUCAGAUUUCCUUUUUUUUUUUUUUUUUAAUCACAUUUGUUUGCAAUUUAUCCAUCAAUCCAUCCAUUUUCUGAACCGAGUAGUACUCAUGAUGGUCAUGGAGGCGUGGAGGAGGAGAGUUUGUAAUUUACAUAAACAUUAACCCAUAAAGGCCUAGAAGUUUUUUGGGUUUUUUUUUUUUUUUUUUUUGGUAAUGUCCAGUUUAAUUUCU